AUGUACAAACUCAACGGCGUAGUCUUCGUGCCCUCGGUGCUGACACUGAUUGGGAUCCCUGGCUUGGAGUCUGUGCAGUGCUGGAUUGGGAUUCCUUUCUGUGCCAUGUACAUCAUUGCUCUGUUUGGGAAUUCUCUGCUUCUGGUCAUCAUCAAAUUUGAGCGGAGCCUUCACAAGCCCAUAUAUCUCUUUGUGGUAAUGACAGACAUUGCUCUCAGUACUUGCAUGUUACCAAAAAUGCUAGGAAUAUUCUGGUUUCAUGUGCCAGACAUAUACUUUGAUGUCUGUCUCUUGCAGAUGUGGCUCAUCCACACCUUCCAGUCCACUGAAUCAGGUAUUCUGCUGGCCAUGGCCCUGGACCGCUAGGUGGCAAUCUGUCAUCCUCUGAGACAUGCAACCAUUUUUACCCACCAACUUCUGACUCAGAUUGGGGUUGGAGUGACACUCAGAGCAGCCCUCCUUGUAGCUCCAUGUCUCAUCCUCAUCAAAUGCCGGCUGAAACACUAUCAAACCACUGUGGUCUCCCAUUCAUACUGUGAGCACAUGGCCAUCGUGAAGUUGGCAGCAGAAGAUGUUGGAAUCAACAAGAUCUAUGGUCUCUUCGUGGCUUUCAGCAAACUUGGGUUGGACGUAAGCUUCAUCACACUCCCCUACAUCCGAAUAUUUAUAACUGUCUUCACUCUACCUCAAAAGGAAGCUAGGUUCAAAGCCUUUAACACCUGCAUUGCCCACAUCUGUGUCUUCCUUGAGUUUUAUCUCCUGGCUUUCUUUACACACAGGUUUGGGUUUCAUAUUCCACCCUACAUUCAUAUUCUUCUGUCCAACCUUUACCUGCUUGUCCCACCUUUGCUCAAUCCUAUCGUAUAUGGUGUGAAGACCAAACAGAUUCGAGAUCGAGUAUCCAAGAUUUUUUACUCUAAGGAUGCCUCUUGA